CCCGCCCUUCGCCCGGGGACCCUCGCGCGGGGAGCCCACAGCGCCGCCCCACAGCGCGGGGGGGGGAGGGCAGCGCUCCGGGGACCCCCCCCGGCACCGCCUCCCCGCGCGCCGGGCCUGGGCCCCCCGCGGAUGAGGCGGUGAGGCCGCGGCCCUUCCCCCGCCCCUUCCCGGGGCCUCCCUUCCCCUCCCGGGUCUCCCCCUCCCUCCCGCCUCCGCCGGGGCCUCGCGGCCCGCUCCCCAUGUAGGAGGGAGGGCCGAGGCCCCGGGGCGGGCGCGGAGGGAGUUCGAGGGAGUUUGAAGCCCCGGGGGGGGUUCCCAGGAGUUCCCCCCCUCUCGGCCGUUCCCGAGCGCGGCGGGGCAAGGAAGGAAUGCCCAACCCGGAGAGACAUGGGGGCAAGAAGGACGGCGGCGGCGGGGCCUCGCAGGCGGGCGGCUCCAACAGCAGGGACAGGCACCGCGCGGGCUCCCGGCACAAGAGGCACAAAUCCCGGCACUCCAAGGAGUCCCCGCUGGCGGCCCAGGAGGCGGCGGCGCCCCUGGGAGCCGUGAUCAAGCCGCUGGUGGAGUACGACGACAUCAGCUCCGACUCGGACACCUUCUCGGACGAUGUGGCCCUGCGGCCGGACAGGAGGGACAGCGAGGACAGGAGGGAGCGCGGCGAGAGGGCGCAGAAGCACCGGCACCACCAGCACAAGCGGCUGCGGGAGCUGAUGAAGAGCAGCAAGCAGGCGGAGAAGGACAGGAAGCUGGAGAAGGGCCUGGAGGCCUCCGGUAGGUCCGCCAAGGAGAGGGUCUCGGGAUCCUCCAAGAGGCUCCCGGAGAGCGACGAGCACCCCAAGGCUCCCUCCUCCAAGGGCAGCAACAAGGAAUCGCGCUCGGCCAAGGCGCACAAGGAGAAGUCCAGGAAGGAGCGGGAGCUCAAGUCCAGCCACAAGGAGCGCGGCAAGAGCCACCGCAAAAGGGACGCCCCCAAGAGCUACAAAACCCUCGAGAGCCCCAAGCGCAAGUCGCGGAGCCCCCACAGGAAGUGGUCGGACAGCCCCAAGCUGGACGACAGCCCCUCGGGAGCCUCCUACGUGCAGGAGUACGAGCUGAGCCCGCCGCGCUCGCACACGUCCAGCACCUACGAGCCCUACAGGAAGAGCCCCGGCGGUUCCUCUCGCCGCCAGUCGCUCAGCCCGCCCUACAAGGAGCCCGUGGGCUACCAGUGCAACGCCCGCUCGCCCAGCCCCUACAGCCGGCGGCAGCGCUCCCUCAGCCCCUACGGCCGCCGCCGCUCGUCCAGCUACGAGAGGGGCAGCGGCUCGUACGGCGGGAGGUCCCCCAGCCCCUACGGGCGCCGCCGCUCCAGCAGCCCCUUCGCCUCCAAGCGCUCCGUCAGCAGGAGCCCCAUCGCCAGGAAAUCCGUGAAGUCCCGGAGCCGCAGCCCUGGCUACUCGAGGCACUCAUCUCACAGCAAAAAGCAGAGGUCUGGGUCCCGCAGCCGCCAUUCCAGCAUCUCCCCCACCAGGCUCCCGCUGAACUCCAGCCUGGGAGCAGAGCUCAGCAGGAAGAAGAAGGAGCGAGCGGCCGCGGCGGCGGCUGCGGCCAAGGUGGACGGCAAGGAGGCGAAGGGCUCGCCGGUGUUCCUGGCCAGGAAGGAGAACAGCCUGGCCGAGCUGAAGGAGGCUGGAUCGGAGUCUAAAAAGGCCACCAAAACUGCUAAGCUGGAGAAAGCUCCUCCAGAGGCCGAGUCGGUGAAUUUACUGCACAGCAACGCCGAGCCCAAGGGCCCCGCCGAGCCCGCCAGGGCCCGGCCCGAGGAGAACGCGGAGCGCAAACAUCCCCUCCCGGCUCGGGACUCCAAACCCUCGGGAACAAAGGACUCCAAGGCCGGAGCGGCGCUGGAGGACCUGGUAUCUCCAAAGGAGACAGACACAGCGGAGAAGGAGAUCCCACCACCCCCCCUGCCCUCGAUCAAGUCCCCCCCUCCGCCCCUGCCCACCACCACCCCUCCGCCUCCCACUCCGCCGCUGCCGCCUUUGCCUCCGUCUCCCGCCGUCCCGCCUUUGCCUCCAGCCCAAGUGACUCCUGUGCAGGCCCCUCCUCCAGCCCCAACGUCUUUGCCAUCCUCCUCCCACCCAAGGACGUCUACUUUAUCCUCUCAGGUGAACUCCCAGUCCUCUGUGCAGGUGGCUACAAAAACCCAAGUGUCUGUGACGGCUGCUAUCCCACACCUGAAAACUUCCACCUUGCCUCCGCUUCCGCUGCCCCCUAUUUUAGUUGGGGAAGAUGACUUGGAUAGUCCAAAGGAGAUCCUCCCUCCGAAACCUGUGAAGAAGGACAGAGAGCAGAGACCACGCCACCUCCUCACGGACCUCCCGCUCCCCCCGGAGCUCCCCGGGGGGGACCCCUCUCCUCCCGACUCCCCGGAACCAAAGGCAGCCACACCACCUCAGCAACCCUUCAAAAAGAGACCAAAAAUCUGUUGUCCUCGGUACGGGGAGAGGAGGCAGACGGAAAGCGACUGGGGCAAGCGCUGUGUGGACAAGUUUGACAUCAUCGGGAUUAUCGGAGAGGGCACCUACGGGCAGGUCUACAAAGCCAAGGACAAGGACACAGGUGAGCUGGUGGCCCUGAAGAAGGUGCGCCUGGACAACGAGAAGGAGGGAUUUCCCAUCACGGCCAUCCGGGAGAUCAAAAUCCUGCGGCAGCUCAUCCACCGCAGCGUCGUCAACAUGAAGGAGAUCGUCACGGACAAACAAGAUGCACUGGAUUUCAAGAAGGACAAAGGUGCCUUUUACCUUGUGUUUGAGUACAUGGACCAUGACCUAAUGGGGCUGCUAGAAUCUGGCUUGGUACAUUUCUCAGAGGACCAUAUCAAGUCUUUCAUGAAACAGUUAAUGGAGGGUCUGGACUAUUGUCACAAAAAGAACUUCCUUCAUCGAGACAUUAAGUGCUCCAACAUCCUGUUGAACAACAGUGGGCAAAUCAAACUUGCAGACUUUGGACUCGCCCGACUCUACAGCUCAGAGGAGAGCCGGCCCUACACCAACAAAGUGAUUACCUUGUGGUACCGACCCCCGGAGCUGCUGCUGGGGGAGGAGCGUUACACCCCUGCCAUCGACGUGUGGAGCUGUGGCUGUAUCCUCGGGGAACUGUUUACAAAGAAGCCUAUUUUUCAAGCCAAUCUGGAACUGGCUCAGCUUGAAUUAAUCAGCCGGCUCUGUGGGAGCCCCUGCCCAGCUGUGUGGCCAGAUGUGAUCAAGCUGCCCUACUUCAACACUAUGAAGCCCAAGAAGCAAUACCGGCGGCGCCUGCGCGAGGAGUUCUCCUUCAUUCCCUCGUCUGCCCUGGACCUGCUGGACCACAUGCUGACUCUGGACCCUGGCAAACGCUGCACAGCAGAGCAGGCCCUGCACAGUGACUUCCUGAAGGAUGUUGACCUCAGCAAGAUGGCACCUCCUGACCUCCCCCACUGGCAGGAUUGCCACGAGCUGUGGAGCAAGAAGCGGCGGCGGCAGCGGCAGAGCGGGAUGGCCGUGGAGGAGCCUCCGGUGUCAAAAGUUUCUCGGAAAGAAACUACCUCUGUUACAAGCACAGACACUGUGAAAAACAACAGCAGUCCUGUGCCCCCCCAGCCUGCCCAGCUCAAAGCAGAGCCUGGGGCUGCAGAUGCAGUAGGCCUCGGGGACAUCACCCAGCAGCUGAACCAGAGCGAGCUGGCCGUGCUCCUGAACCUGCUGCAGAGCCAGACCGACCUGAGCGUGCCGCAGAUGGCCCAGCUCCUGAACGUGCACUCGAACCCCGAGAUGCAGCAGCAGCUGGAGGCCCUCAACCAGUCCAUCACGGCGCUGACCGAGGCCACGGCGCAGCACCACGAGCCCCCGGCGGCGCCGCCAGAGGAAGCCAUAGAGGAGCCCCCUCCGGAGGCGCCGGAGGAGCAGCAGACUCCGGACGCAGCCAGCGCUCAGGGAGACAUGCAGAACGUGCUGGCGGUUCUGCUGAGUCAGCUCAUGAAGAGCCAGGAGCCCGGGAUCCCAUCCCUGGAGGAGAGCAACGGGGAGAAGAGCAGCGAGCAGCGGGCGCCCCGGAAAACCCCACCCAGGCACCCGGAGGAGAGCUCAGCGUGUCCUCCCGGCAUUGUCCCUCCAGAGAAGAGACCCCCCGAGCCCCCCGGACCGCCGCCGCCUCCUCCUGUGCCCGAAGGGGAUCUCUCCGGAGCAGCCCAGGAGUUGAAUCCGGCCGUGACGGCUGCGCUGCUCCAGCUCCUUUCCCAGCAGGACACGGAGCUGCCCGGCCACGCCACGCAGGAGCCCCCAGCCCCGAGGGACUACGGCCGCCCCCAGCCCUCCAGGACUUACAGCGCCGACGGCUCCGGCUCCGAGGGGGGAUUCGGUGCCGAGGAGCUGAACUCGGGCCAGACGCUUCUAGAACCUUCUGCCCAGCCCCUGGGGAAAAGCAGGACCUUCUUGGGCUCCGUGAGCCACCUCGGGGAGAGCAGCAACUACCAGGGCACGGGCUCGGUGCAGUUCCCAGGGGACCAGGACCUGCGUUUCGCCAGAGUCCCCGUCGGCCUCCACUCGCUCGGGCAAUCCUUCGGCAAAUCCGAGGGGAGCAGCAGCAGCAGCAGCAACAACGCCGCGCUGGGACACACCGAGGCCAAAAGCCAGAGUUACGGCGAGUUGGGGCCGGGAACGGCCGCUUCCAGCGGGGCAGGGAGCUGGGGAGCCCCAAGCCAGGCACCGCCGUCCUACGGGAAGGCGUUCCGAGGGCCUGGCAGAGUGCCUCCGAGGGGGGGCCGCGGCCGGGGGGUUCCCUACUGACCAUUCCCGGGCUCCCCCCCUCGCCUCUCCUCCUUCAGCCACAGGACUCGGUUUCCUUUGGUUUUUUGGCCAGAGCAAGGUCUCGUCCACAUUUCAGCUGCUGCAGAGCUCCCCUGUGCAUCCCUCCCCUCCCGCCCUCCCUCUCGGGAUGUGCCGCAGAUCCCGCCGGGGCCAGACCCUCCCGUGCUGGGUUAGUGAUAAAAAAGACAGUCCCAAACUGAGCCAGGGGAGAGGGGGGG